GAACCAAUGGACUGUAUGGAUAUAGAUAUGUUUGAAGGCAUCUGCUCUUCCCAUUACAAGAAUCAUGAAUAAACUGGCAGACCAGCAGGACCACAUGAUACCAUGAAGAGAAGCUUACAGGUCCUCUAUUGCCAACUGUUUAGUGUUCUACUGAUCUUGGCACUGACAGAAGAGCUGGUGUUUUCUGUUCAGGUACUGUCUCCCACUGUCUCCUCCUCUCAGGGCUUCCCGAUGAACACUACAGCUGUCACAGCCAUGGGAACAACGCCUCACCACAAAGACCACCACACGGCAGAGCCCCUUCCCACGUCUGCUCAAGCCAUGUCCCACCCCAUCAGCCUGGUGGAGAAAGCCCCUUCCACCGGGCAAGAGCAAGAGAGUAGCCCUCGCAUCGGCAAAAAGGAAACUUACCAUUUAUACAACCAGAGUGCUUUGUACUCAGGACAGUCUCGCCCCAAGGGGAAAAUAUUCCAGGUUUUCAAAGGCAACUUCUCAGAGUCGUCAGAGCCUUACCUAAAGACAACCCUGCACUCUCCCUUCCCUACCCUGAGGAGCCCUUUCACAGACCACCCGUUUCAGUCCCAGACCACAGCAUCCAGCGAUCCAAAUGGAAUGGGGCUGGCAAGAACUACACACUCAGACCCUUCUCCCCACCACAACACCUCGGGAAGCCUUAGGGAAGCAGAGCGAGGGGAUGGGACCGAGGUAGUCGUGCAGGAGGCAGAUUUUGCCACCACAACUGCUGGACCAUCAACUGAUCCUGAAGCAGUGUCGGUGCCUUUUAAACCCACCCGCUAUGGCGUGUGGGAUAUGCUGAGCAAAAACAACUCUUGGGUAACCUUGAAUCUCAGUACAAAUGUCCCUCUGUUUGCUGGCUCUGGAUCUGCUACAGCAGCAGCUGGUCACUCAGUUCAGACCAGUUUUGACGUCAGCAUCUCGACCCCGGCAGCGGGAGACCCCGAGGGACUCACUCCAACGCAGCACGGCGUGGUGACCAAUGCCACGUCGCCAGGCAGUGCUCUCUCCUCAGUGCCUGCCACGAGGUUGUCCAGCUCCACUUCCACAGCUGGCUCCACCGCCACUGGGAACUUCCUGAAUAGACUGGUUCCUGCCGGGACCUGGAAACCAGGCGUGCAAGGAAACAUCUCCCACGUCACCGAGGGGGACAAACCCCAGCACAGAGCAACCAUCUGUCUCAGCAAGAUGGACAUUGCCUGGAUCAUUCUGGCUAUCAGCGUCCCUAUAUCCUCAUGUUCAGUUCUGCUGACAGUCUGCUGCAUGAGAAGGAAGAAGAAGACAUCUAACCCAGAGAACAACCUGAGCUAUUGGAAUAAUGCUAUUACCAUGGACUACUUCAACAGGCAUGCUGUAGAGUUACCAAGAGAGAUCCAGUCGCUGGAGACUUCAGAGGACCACCUGUCCGAGCCGCGCUCCCCGGCCAAUGGUGACUACCGCGACAGCGGGAUGGUCCUGGUGAACCCCUUCUGUCAGGAAACGCUGUUUGUGGGACACGAGCAAGUCUCCGAAAUAUGAGCCCACGGCUGCCCCCAUACUGCAGUUUCAUCUCUACUGUCUCCAAAUUAUAAAUAAAUAUAUAUAUAUUAUAAAUAUCACCUUUGUGUAACCCUGAAUUACAAGAAAUGUUUUCAGCUUUUCUUUUGUCCCUCAGAAUUGUCAGCCCCUUUUUUAUAAGUGUGGUAAAACUUUACAGAACAAACUGUGGCUUUAUAAAAUAAAGGUAUUUCUAAGCAAAA